GAUCCUUGCAGUUAUGGCUGGCUGGCUGCUCUUUUACUCUGAAGUCCCAGCAUUCGUUAAUGCUGUAAUUUCACGGGACUGAAAACAAAAAAAGCUACCUGACCUGAGCUUCUUGAAGAAAUCUGCAAAGUAGAACUAAUCAUUAACCACAUGCUGCAAGACAGUAGGUUCUAAAAGAUCUGCCUUGCUGACUUCUCCAGGAGGUAAUCGACCACGUGGUAUGCUGGGGAGAUGCAUUAGGAGCCUGAAUAUGGUGCCAAAAGAACUCCAUACAUUUCUAUGACUCUGUUGUAACCUGACUCAGUGAUACUUUUGUAUAUAUAUAUAUGUAUAUAUAUAGUAUUUCUAUGCUAAGGAGAAGAGUGCAUACUCCCAAGUCAGUUCUGCUGGUCUGCUGGCAGAGAGUUUUUUCAUUGUAAGAUCAUGGACCAUUCUAACCGGGAGAAGGAUGAAAGGCAGCGGACAACAAAAGGAAUGGCAGGGAGGAGUGGGCAUAGUUCUCGACCAUCAAGUUCCACUACAUCCUCUGGUGUUCUUAUGGUGGGACCCAACUUCAGAGUGGGCAAGAAGAUAGGGUGUGGCAACUUCGGAGAGCUACGACUAGGCAAAAAUCUCUAUACCAAUGAAUAUGUAGCGAUCAAACUGGAACCCAUAAAAUCCCGUGCCCCACAGCUCCAUUUAGAGUACAGGUUUUAUAAACAACUUGGCAGUGCAGCUGAAGGUCUUCCCCAGGUGUACUACUUUGGACCAUGUGGAAAGUACAAUGCCAUGGUACUAGAAUUGCUUGGUCCCAGUUUGGAAGACUUGUUUGACCUCUGUGACAGAACCUUUACUUUGAAGACGGUAUUAAUGAUAGCCAUCCAACUGAUCUCUCGAAUGGAAUAUGUGCAUUCAAAGAACCUCAUUUACCGAGAUGUCAAGCCAGAAAACUUCCUUAUUGGCCGGCAAGGCAAUAAGAAAGAACAUGUCAUUCACAUCAUAGACUUUGGAUUGGCGAAGGAGUAUAUUGAUCCUGAAACCAAAAAACACAUACCUUACAGGGAACACAAGAGCCUAACUGGAACCGCAAGAUACAUGUCCAUCAAUACGCAUCUUGGCAAAGAGCAGAGUCGGCGUGAUGACUUGGAAGCCCUUGGCCAUAUGUUCAUGUAUUUCCUUCGCGGCAGUCUGCCCUGGCAAGGACUGAAGGCUGACACUUUAAAAGAGAGGUAUCAGAAGAUUGGGGACACAAAGAGAAACACGCCAGUUGAAGUUCUCUGUGAGAACUUUCCAGAGGAGAUGGCUACAUACCUUCGUUAUGUCAGGCGAUUAGACUUCUUUGAAAGACCGGACUACGAUUAUUUAAGAAACAUCUUCACAGACCUAUUUGAAAAGAAAGGCUACACAUUUGAUUAUGCCUAUGACUGGGUUGGCAGGCCAAUUCCUACUCCAGUGGGGUCUGUUCAUGUAGAUUCUGGGGCAUCUGCAAUAACCCGAGACAGCCAUGUACAUAGGGAUCGACCAUCGCAGCAGCAGGCUCUUCGAAAUCAGACUGCAUCAUCAGAUCGCCGAGGAGAGUGGGAGAUUCAGCCAAGCCGGCAGACAAAUACCUCGUACCUGACAUCUCACUUGGCUGCGGAUCGGCAUGGAGGAUCCGUUCAGGUGGUCAGCUCGACCAAUGGGGAACUGAACGUUGAUGACCCAACAGGGGCACAUUCCAAUGCUCCAAUCACAGCACAGGCUGAGGUGGAAGUGGUGGAGGAAGCUAACUGCCUGAAAAUGCUCAACUUGUGGUGCUGCUGCUUCUUCAAGAGAAAAAGGAAGAAGACAGCCCAGCGUCACAAGUGACCAGUGCCUCUUGGGGCCUUGCAGGAACUCGAUCUGCACCUGCAGCUCCUGCCAUGUCUUACUGAAAGGGGCUUCUCUCUAGGGGUGAGGAAGCAGCCGAGGAAGAGAAAUGUGACAUUUUAAACCAAAAAGAGAAGAAGAAAACGUUCCAAAACAAACCAAUCGGGGUGGAUCUGCUGAAUGGUCUCCCCCAUUCACUCCAAGCCUGAGGCUUUUCUGGUGAUCAGGACUGCACCUGGCUCAGGCCUUGGUUUGCCCUGUGGGAAGGUGGGCUGGCUGGCUGACCCUCUUCCCCACUGUUUACGGCAGAAGGCAUCAUUCACACCAACCUGAGGACUAUGCUUUGUUUCCUGCUCACUUUACUCCCCUUCCUAUGCUCUCUGCUCCUCCAUUCUCCUCCCUCCCCAAUAAAAAUACUCCAGAAGGCUUAAUUGGCUACGGAGAAGGUGAGAGAAUGCCAUCUGGGCAGGGGAGAGAGGUGUGGGCAAAGGGCCUGGCUGGGACAGGGGAAAAUUUUCACCCCCUCCUUCCUCUAAAGUCCCUUUCAGUGUCAGCCUCUACUGCCAGCCUCGCCAGGUACAGCAGUGGGACAUUAGUUCCCUUGUAGGUUCCUUGGGAACAGUUACUGUAGCACGCAAGCUGUGAGAAAUUUGCUAUCUACUGUUCCAGUCUUAGUUUUUUUCUGGCUUCUGUGACACCUCCCUUCUCCAAACGGUAAACAGAGCAAUGUGGAUUGUUUUACAGAAACUGACAUUGUUGCACUUUUUAUUAUAUAUUUUUUUUUUUUUAGCGUUACAGAUGCAUAUUGUGUCUGUAGAUUUUGUUUUUUUGCAUGGAUGACUGAUGCCAGCACAGACAGACAUUCAGCUGGGAAUAUGGUGGGGUGCAAAGAAUGCCCUCAACUUAAGGUUUGCUCGCAUCAAAACAAACCAACCCUAGUGCUGGUCUGGGGUUCCCAACACCCACAACCUUGAGGGAAGCAUACUUGAAUUUUCAAUCACCCGUUUUAGCUGCCAGUGAAUGGUCCCUAUCAUGGUUUCCUACACAGUGCCUAACUUGACCAGCUUGGAGCUGAAAGGCACUAGCUUGGUGUUGACAGGACGGAGAGGCAUCCCAUUUGCUGAGGAGUUUACUCUGGAUAGAGAAGCAGAUAUGGAUUCAGGAAACCAGAAACCUGAUGUUUCCCAAACUGCAAACCUGUGGCUGGGUGGCCUUGUAGCCUUCUUGAAAGGUUCCUGGGAGGGUGAUUUUUUUUUUUUUUUUUAAUAAUUUUUUUUUGGUAAGCACCUUCAAUGAUGAAAUCUUAGCAAGAACAAAGCUGCCCUAGCAGGGAGGGAGCAGACACUUCACUGCCUUACAAUGACUUUUCUCCUAGUGAUAAAACAGGUUCCUUGAAUUGGACCUUGUGCGGGCUUUGCAUCUGCUCUGCAGCUUGCCUAGGUCUGGGAACACCAGCUCGGCCCUGUCUGCUGGGCCUGGAGCACACACCAUGUGCUCCUCCCUGGAGGGGGGCUAAGGUUUUAAUGUACAGCUUUUGAGCCAAGCUAAUACUUGGCCAAGGGCUUGGGGCACUCUGCGCAAGUGUGGGGAAAAAAGGAGAAAAAAAAAUCUUGCACCUCAGUGGUAGGGAUUGUUGAAGUCAGAGGAGGCUGCAUUACUCCUGGGGACAGUGUACUGGGUGGUGCAUGUGGCCAGGUUUGCAGGAGCUAAACAAGCUUUUUUCCCUUUUUUUUUUUUUGUGGAGGCUGUGAAUUGCUUUGCCUAUGUGCAUUCUCCGUCCUGAUGGGAUUGGACCACUCGCUUUAGAGGCUUAGUUUGCCAUGUAAUUGGGGCAUCCCCACCCCAGUGCCUGAAUUCUCUGCCGAGCAUGAAGGGCGGGAAGGCAGAAUCCAAACCUGACAUCCUGUCUCUUCUAAAAUGCAACCCAGUUGCCUUUCCGUGUCCUUACCAGCACUUGCUGGAAGGGGGGUGGCAGGAGUGUAGCUUGGCUCCCCGGCCUGGGAAGGAGAAGGAAGAAUCGUUGUUAACAGGGGAAAUCUCUGGAAGAUGAUCCCUCUUCCUUCCAGGAGGUGAGCUCUUUGUUAUCCAUGGUGGGGGCUGUAGUGUGGAAAGACACCUCUUUUCCUAGUGAGGAUUCAGGUCUCUGAGAAUCCCUUAGGGGAUUUCUUAGCUGUUAGCCAUUUUCUGCAGAAGUAUCUUAAUGCCUUAUUCUAAUGGAAAGAAGGCAGCUAUAGCAGAGUGCUUGGCUGUGCUUUCCCCUCUCCCCCGCCAGGGUGGAAGCUGAGCUGCAGGCUGGCUUGCUCUUUAUUUGCUAACCCGCCAAGAGAUGUUUAUAAAACUCACUUUUUAAUUCUGCAAACUUUUUUCCUUUCAGUGUAAUGGGGGAUGGAGAAGGGACUGUCCAUCUCCUUCAGGUGUGAAUGCAUGAAUGACCUGAGCUGUUUUCUUCCUCCCAGAAGAGAAGUAGCCAUUUAACCACUUAGUUUUGCUGUUUGUUCUUUCUCUUUACCCCUGCCCCCCUCCCCCCCUUCCUGAACUCUUUCUCAGCUGCUGGCUUCCCAAAAGCCAGUCUGUCUGAAAUAGCCUAUUUCCUCAUACCCUUGCUGUAGGAAACCAUGGUUUGGCGUCUUGGGAGGAAGGAGGAGCAGGGCUUUGCGGGGAGAAAGUGGUUGUGUACUCCCAGCUCUGAAAAAAGUUGUGCUGGGCUCUGAGACACUUGCAUUACUGCCCUCCCAAACCCCACUAAGUGCCUGUCACCAAAACUCAAUUCCUUCUGCAUUUUCCUGCCAUUGUGAGUCAUUCCUAACUACUUCCAAUCAGGGAGUAGCUUGUCGUUUGCAAGUGUACACGUGUGCGUGUGUGUAUGGGGGAGUUGUCGCUACAUUUGUUUUUCCUUCUUAAACAUUUUUAAGUGAAUGUAUUUGGUUAGAGACUUUCCUGACUUUGUUUUUAAGUGGGUCAGUUUGAAAGCCAUUUCAUAUUGACCUUGCUACUGCUUAAUUCUGGGGAUUUAAUAUCCUUUUAAUCCUAGAAUACUGUGUAUGUGAGGGAGGAAAUCUUUCCCCAAGGCAUUCUGGUAAUGCUCACUUAUACCUUGCUCUCUUGCACUAUGGUCAAACAUUGGACUUUUUAAAAGGGCAAAGGAUAUUAAAAAAAAAAAAAAAAAAGCGGGUAAUCGGUAGUCCUAUUCUAAG